AUGGCGUCCCCCUCCACGCACGAGGCGACGGACUGCUCCAGCGACAGUGAGAGCGAGGAUAACUUCAUCGUGGUGCCUCCUCGAGACCAUCUGGGCCUGGCCAUCUUCUCCAUGCUCUGCUGUUUCUGGCCCCUGGGCAUCGCGGCCUUCUACUUCUCACAGGGGACCACCAAAGCCGUGAAGAAAGGCGACUUCUCCAUGGCCAACAUCGCAUCGCGGCGGGCGCUUUUCCUCGCCGCGUUGUCUGUUACAAUCGGCACGGGAGUCUACGUGGGAGUAGUGGUGGCCCUCAUCGCGUACCUAUCCAAACCGGGCCACAUUUAG